AACCACAAGAUGGCGUACACCGUGCGACGCUACUUUUGACGUUCGUAAGUGAGUUUUUUGGAUAAACGAUAAUAACUAAUGAAGCAUUUUGGGCCGUAUUAGUUUCGGCCCAUUUUCGAUAAAUUUAAAACAGAGAAUGCGGUUGUUAGUGUUUAUAAAGUACCUCAAUCGACAACCAAUCAGAAUUUCGAUAAUAAGAAACGUAAAUCGUACGCGGGGCACGAGGAUCCGCUAUUGGCCAGUUUACGAGAGACGAUGAUGGCUCCGUGAUGGGAGAACAUGGCUGCGACGCAAGCGGAGAGCCAACAAAACGAUGUAAAGUUGAACGAUACUGUGAAAUGCACCCAGAAAAGAGCACAACUUAGUGGUAAUAGUUCAAGUGUUAGUGCAAAACAACAGCUGGAUCAGGAGCCGGCCGAUAAGGUAACCCGGGGCGCGGCCCAGCUGCUCAAGUAUGUGAAUCGCGGGGACGGCGACUCAGGUUUCGAGAUGAGUCAAUAUCGUGAGGACAUUAGUGGACAUACCACUGGUGAGGUCAAGUCACCCCGGGAGGUAAUACAAAAUCCUCAGGAAUCAAGUGGUAAACCAGAACCCCACGAGACACCUGGUCAUCCCGGGCACCCGGGUCAUCCCUACAUUGGGCCCAACGUGACGCGAGAUUAUUCUGAUGAGUAUGCUGGUAAACCUACGGAUUAUCCAGGUAAACCACCUAACGAGUAUCCUGGAAAACAAUUGGAUUAUCAUUCAAAACCACCGCUCAAUGAGAGCGAACGGUCGCACCAUCCGGAUAUGGAGGAUCACUACUCGGUUUCUAAAAUAGAGCCACGGCUUGCUCAUAUUGGACCUGGUCCUGGUGGUUUUCCUGGCCAACCAAGAUUUCUUUCUGGCCAAAGUAUAUCACAGGCCACUGGGCCUACUCCUACACUAAAUCAACUUCUUCAAGCAACAACAGUGCACAGGUUUCAUGCUAAUUACCCAGGGAUUGGACCAGAAUCUUAUCAACAACCCUGGCCAAUGCAGAGACCACCAGUUGUACCACCUGUCUAUCCACAGCCUGGACAGAGACCUUCUCAAACAGGAUCUCCGAGGUUACAUCCAGGACCUGGUGGUCCCAGUUCACCAACUCCAAUGCCAUAUCAACCGUAUACGGCACGUUAUCCAUCACCAGCACGAUCUCAUUCACCUUAUGGACACCAUCAAAUAAACUCGUAUGCCGCGCAAGCAGGUCACCCUCCAACUCUUUAUCCAGAGCAACGUGGUGGAUGGAAUCAAGCAGGACCGCCUAAUGCACCACCUCCACCACCUAAUCAGGCAAACUCUUCGAGUCAAUCACCACAAAGAACACUUUCGCAGUCACCUGCGCCACCACCUUCUGCCUCGCCGCAGCCACAACCGGCUGGACAGCAGCAGAAUUAUCACAAUAUACAACGAUCAACAACUCCAAAUACUCAAGGAAUUGAUUCUGGGGAACUCUCUGGUCAAAAUAGUAAUGACAGUUCGAAUGGACCCGCCGGCCCAGGAACUCCAAAUUCCCAGGGGAUGAGGCCUACCCCUUCACCUACAGGAUCCACGGGUUCUCGGUCAAUGUCCCCCGCCGUUGGCCAACAAAACGUUCAGAUGCCUCCUCGUCCCUCGAGCAGCCAGUCAGAUGGUAGCGGCCCAGCACGAAUGAGUCACUCUCCAAUGGCUACUCAAGGAGGUUAUCAACAGCCUUUAGGGCCGUCGCCGCACAUGCAUGGCUAUAAAUUAAACAGUAGUGGUCCUGGUGUACCAACAGGUCCUGGACCUACUGGAUUAGGUGGCAUGGGACCAAUGGGCAGUGGUAUGGGAUACGCUGCUGGUGGAGGUGGUGCUGGUCAAUCUGGUGGUUAUCCAUCACAAGGCCCUGGAGGUUAUCCUCCUCCACGGCCUCAUAUGCAAUUUCCUCAAAAUUAUCCACCACCAACGAAUUCACAGCCACCUCCUAAUAAUCAGUAUCAACCGGCCAGACCGAACAAUAUGGUGCAAUAUCCAUCUUAUCCGCAUAAAAUGGGAUUUAAUAGCGUACCACCGGGCAUGCCACCAAGUCCAGGACCUCCUCAAAGUUAUGGAUCAGCAAGUGGUGGAGGUUUAGUACCUCCAAAUGCAUCAGGAAUGGGUGGUAGUAUUGGCAAUAUGGGCCCACCGACAAGUUCAAUGGGUCCACCACCACCUUCACCAAAUCAUAUUGGCAAUCAACCGGGUCCACCACCACCGCCACCACCACCACCUGGACCACCAAGCGGGCCAAUGGGUCAUCCACACCCACCCGCAGCUACACCACCACUUAACCACGAGGGUAGUCCAAUGCCACCACCAAGUACGACUCCUAAUUCACAUCCGGCGCCAGCGCCCACGCCUACCAGUCAGAGUUCGGCCGAUCUCGCGGCUGAAACUUCAAAUGAUAGUGGGAUAACUACUACAGCAUCAGGUACCACAGCAAUCAACGUGACAUCAACAUCGAGCGGUACCGUUACAUCAGUCAUUACGACCGGCCCGGAUGGCACAUCAAUCGAUGAGGGCUCUCAGCAAUCUACGCUGUCAAACGCUUCAGCAGCAUCCGGUGAGGAUCCAGCGUUUACGCCAAAGACCCGUAAGGAAAUUUUUAAUGCCUACCACAGUCAUCCAACAACACCGCAAAGCACCGUGCCAUCGCCCGGAGCCGCCAGCAUCAAUUCUGUCCAUGAAGAGUACCCGGAUAUUAACAGUCCCAGCUGGCCUCGCACACCCGCCAGUCCCGUGUUUAACAGCCAUGUGCCUCAAGACCCGUACAGAUCUAAGAAACCUGACAGCUUGGCGAAGCUAUAUGAAAUGGAUGAUUCGAUAGAGCGAAGAAACUGGUUAGAUAAACUAGUGGCAUUCAUGGAAGAAAAAAGAACACCAAUAACAAGCUGUCCUACCAUCUCCAAGAACCCCCUCGAUCUAUUUCGUCUUUACCUCUACGUGAAGGAAAGGGGGGGCUUCAUGGAGGUAUGCAAGGUUACGAAAAACAAAACAUGGAAGGAUAUAGCAGGUUUACUUGGAAUUGGUGCAAGCAGUAGCGCAGCUUACACGUUGCGUAAACACUACACGAAACAUCUACUUCCUUAUGAAUGUUUCUUUGAUCGUGGUGGAGUUGAUCCACAGCCAAUUAUCAAUCAAGUUGAAGCAGGGUCAAAGAAAAAAGGUGCUAAAAGUACGGCAUCUGUACCAUCACCAGGCUCGUCUAAUUCCCAAGACUCUUUCCCUGCAGCUGGAUCGAGUAGUGCAUCAAUGGAUGGCUACGGUAAUUAUCAAGGCAAUUAUCAGGGUGGCAAUCAAGGUGGUCCACCAUCUGAAUACACACCUCCGCCACCCAGGCCACCAAGCCAAAGCAGCGCGCCUUCACCUCAUCAAGGGAUGCAACAGGGAAAUUAUCAGAAUGCGGGAUCGUAUCAGAAUUAUCCUCAAGACCAAUAUAUACGACCACAAGCUCCUUCGAUGGGUCAACAGGGGGAGUUUAAUCAACCAUACACAUCGCGUUCGCAUUAUCCUCCGUACGUGCCGGAUGCUGACAGGGGCUACCCCGGCGGGAACAUUCCACCUAAUAGUGCUGGGGGUCAAGACAUGUAUAAUAGAUAUAGUGGAGGACAACAACCAACGGGUUAUCCAGCUGGGUCAACUCCUGUUGGCAGAGGUAGCAGUUACCCCGCCUCAACACCAAGUCAUGGUGUUAAUGCCCCACAACCACCAUCCACAAGUCAGACCUCUUCACCUUCUCAGUCACCUGUCAAUCCAACUUACUCGUGUCCACAGGAUUAUUAUAGACAGGAGCAGGGUGGAUAUGGAGCACCUGCUGGAAGCCAAAUGUACCCCGCUGGCGGAGCAACGAACAAAAAUAUGCCACCACCACCUCCGGGUCCAACGCAACCUAGACGUCAUCCCGACUUUGCCAAAGAUCAGCAGUAUCCUCAGUAUAACCAGCCGCGGCCUCCUUAUCCGGGAUGGCCAGGCGCAACUAAUCAGUAUAAUCCCGGCAGUACGAACAACAGGGUACCUUAUCCAAAUCAACAACCUCCCCCGCAAUCACCACAACAGCCACAACCACCACCUACGCAACCUCCAACCGUUUCAGCAAAUACGGUCAGUCCAGUUGUUGUUGGUAGUAUAACCAACAAUACUCCACAAUGGGCUAGUCAACAACCAGCUAGACCAUCUUCUCAGCCAAGUAUAAAUGCUAUUCCUCAUGCUCCACCACCAUGGGACAAUCGUUAUUCACAUCAACCCUCUUCUCUUUACCCAUCACCUGGCUCGCAUCAGGUGAGGGCUACGUUACUGAGUCAAUUAAGUAUGAAUCCAAUGAUUAACCAACAGCCAACACCUAAAAGAGAAAUGACAUUCCCACCUGACAGCGUGGAAGCUGUUACACCAUUAUUGUACAAGAGACGUAAACUCACGCGUGCUGAUGUCGCACCCGUUGAAGCUUGGCGAAUUAUGAUGGCAUUGCGAUCUGGACUGCUUGCUGAGAGCUGUUGGGCUCUUGAUGUACUCAAUAUACUUCUAUUCGACGAUAGCUCAGUAAGUUACUUUGGUUUGACGAAUCUUCCUGGAUUACUGGAUGUAUUACUGGAGCAUUUUUCACGUUCUCUUUCUGAUAUGUUUGAUUCAUCAACAACCGAAGAAGAUCGUUGUGGUUUUGAUAAAAAUGCUGAUAGUCCUGAGGUUGAUCUUGGUGCAGUAUCACGUCCAAUUGAUGCAGAAGAUCGCACAAAGUUACUCACUACCUCUAAUUAUACCUUCCUAUCUCGACGUGGUCGACCAGUUAAAAUGGUGCCUCGUGAUGAUGAUAUAUUUGUAUUAGAUACUCGUCGACCGUGGGAUCAUACAGACGUUGAACCAGAGGGUGAACCCUGGCAAGUUGAUCCAAAUGAUACUAAAUAUAUUAUAACGUGUUUUCAAUCUGAAAUAGGUAUGGCCCCAUUUGCAAGGCAUUUAAGAGACGAAAAACCACCACUUUUACAAAAAGAAGUUGAACAUACGGAGAUUAAAGAGGAAAGUAAAUUAGAUACGUUACCGGAAAUUUUAGAAUGCCACAAUAAACCUGUUGAAACUAUUGAUAAGUUAAGGGAAAAUGGUGAACGUAAACAUCAAACGGAAAAAAAGAAAAAAACAAAAACGUUAAGUGAUGUUCUUUCGAGGAUAAAAAAGGAACCAGUGGAGAUGAAUGAUCUGACAAGAGAACUUUUUGAAAAAAAGAAUGAUGGUACGAAAAGAGAUUGCGAUCCUGAGAGUAAGCCAAACAAUAACAUGACUGAACAUAUUGUCUUUUCAAAAUCAGAUGAAGACUCGGCUUUUCCUACUCCCAAUGGCCUCAGUGAUUCUACGAGUACAUUUGACUCAGAAAAACGUGAAAUAAAAGUAGAAGAACCAGAACAAGAAAAUGAGGAUGAUGCAAAUAGGAUAACAGUACAAACAACAUCUGCUAUUACAACAACAACAACAACAACAACAACAACUACUACUACUGCGACGACAACAACAACUACAACUUCUAGUACUGUAACAGCAGCAGCAGCAACAACAACAACAACAACAAUUAAUACUACUACUACUGUAGAAGAAGAGGAAAAUAAAGAGGGACCAAGAUUAAAUGUUCGAGAUCCAGCUGGUACUCUCAAACGAAAACGGAUAAGUGAUUAUGAAGAUGAAAGUUAUUCAAGAGACGAAGCGAGUCUUUAUCUUGUUACCGAGAGUCAAGACAGUCUUGCACGACGUUGUGUCUGUCUCUCAACAAUACUCCGUAAUUUGACUUUUAUUCCUGGCAAUGAAAUUGAAUUUGCAAAAAAUGUAACUUUUCUCAGUAUACUUGGUAAGCUUCUUUUACUGCAUCAUGAACAUCCAGUGAGAACGCAAAAAACUAGAAAUUAUGAUCGUGAAGAAGAUGCUGAUUUUGCAGACUCUUGUAGUAGUCUUCAAGGCGAGAAUGAAUGGUGGUGGGAUUUUCUCUAUCAUAUACGAGAAAAUGUUCUUGUGAUGGCAGCAAAUAUUGCUGGUCAAACAGAUUUAAGUCAACAUCCUGAAGAAAUAUCUCGACCUGUAUUAGAUGGACUCCUUCAUUGGGCUGUAUGUCCUGCAGCACAUGGACAAGAUCCAUUCCCAACGGUAAAUUUUACAAGCUCGCUGUCACCACAAAGAUUAGCCCUUGAGGCAUUAUGCAAACUUUGUGUCACCGAGAGUAAUGUCGAUCUUGUUGUUGCUACACCACCUUACUCGAGACUUCAAAGACUUUGUUCAGUGCUAACGAGGUUGCUUUGUCGAAGUGAAGAACAAGUGUUACGUGAAUUUGGUGUUAAUUUAUUACACUUUUUAUCGGCAGCUGACAGUGGAGUAGCACGAACUAUUGCUCUUCAAACACCUUGCGUUGCACUUCUCGUCGCGUUCAUUGAACAAGCUGAAUCUAGUGCUCUAGGAGUUGCUAAUCAACACGGAUUAGCUGCUCUGAGAGAUAAUCCUGAAUCAAUGGGUACAAGUCUUGAUAUGUUAAGACGUGCAGCUGGUACAUUAUUGAACCUCGCGAGGCAUCCAGAUAAUAGAACAUUAUUACUACAACAUGAAUCGCGUCUUCUAGCACUUGUUAUGAGUCAAAUACUUGAUCAGCAGGUGGCUGCUAUUGUUGCGCGUGUGUUGUUCCAAUGCUCCAGGGGUACGUAACUUAUAUAAUUAAAAUUUAAUUAAACUUUAAUUAAAUAUUUAUUGAUUGUUUUAAAUACACGCGUUUACAUUUUAAACGGGUUAUUAUUAUGGACAAAAGACAUAAAUGUGUAUUCGCGUGUAAUGUUAUAAGAAAGACAAUUAACUUUCAAGUAAAUUAAAUAAUUAAGUGAGUGAAUAUCGUACCCCUAUUAUCGAUUAACCUUCACCAUUAAAGAGACAUUAAUCUUUUUAUUAAUUAUUAAUAAUAUAUAUCUUGAAGGUAAAAUAAUUAAAGUGGAAACUAAUUGUGUAAUGAAAUAAUAAUUUUUAAAUAAAAUUCCUACAAUUUAUCUGUGUGUUGACAGUGCAGUUGUAGUUUUAUAUCGAGAUAUUAAAAAAAAAAAAAUAAAGUAACUAAUGUUUAAAGAAAAAUAUUAAAUUAAUAAAUAAAUAAAUUAAUAAUGAAUCAAUAAAAAAAAAAGUAAAUAAAAUAAUAAUUAUAUAAAAUAAAAUGCUAAUUAUUGGUGUUAGCAUAUUAGGUAUAAAAAUUGGUGUGAUGUUCAUCAUUUAUAUACCUUCCAAUUGUGAAAUUUAAAUAAUAUCGAUAGUGUAAGAUAUUUCAUAGUUGAUGAAGAGACUUUAAAAUUAUAAUACACCGUAUGCAUAAUAAUUAUAAGUAUAAUAAUUAUAAUAAUAUAUUAAUGAUGAAAAUGAUUUAAAAAAAAAAAGUUAUAAAAAAGUGAAAAAAAAAAAAAAAGAAGAAGACCCUACAUAAAUAAGUAAGAAAAAUUACCAACAACAAAUCGCAACUGUAAACAAAUGGUGUGACAUUAACUAAUGCUGAUUAAUAAUGACGACUAAGGAUUACGAGAUACGCGAAUAAGAAAGAUAAAUAAAAAAAAAGAAGAUAAUUGAAUGACUUGAAGAUGAAAAAAAAAUAAUAAUAAAUAAUAAUAAUAAUAAUAAUAAUAAUAAUAAUAAUAAUAAUAAUAAUAAUAAAUAAUACAAUAUACGUCAGCUGACGAUUUAUUAUAAAUAUUACAAUGAUAUAAUGCAAAUUUUUAUAUUUGCAUGUUUUUGUGCUGUAAUUAGCAAGUAAUUAAGAUAUUUUGUAGAUAACGUACACUUCCAUUGAAUCUUAUUAAAUUUUUUUUUUGCAUCUGCAAUAUGCAGCAGCUGAAGAAAUAAAAAACGUGGGCACACUCAGUAUCCACUAAAAGUCUCACCUUUAGCGAAAACAAAAAAAAAGGGAAAUAUCGCAGAAAGAAGUUAGCAUUGAUAUUGUAAACAAGAGCGAGAGAGCGAAAUAGUAGAGAUUUAAUAAAAAAAUAUAAUAAUAAUUAUAAAAAAAAAAAAAUGUAAACGAGAUAUUAAAAAUAAUAGAAAACGUGUAAGAUCGGCGUGUUAUGCUUAUAUAUAACUAUGGACAAAAAUAAAGCAAAUACGAUUCGAUAAAUGCUGAUUUCAUGAAUAAAAUAUUAGAAAAAUAAAUCCGAAUGGGUGAUAUGUCGUUAACGCAUAUGGGUAAUAACAAUAAUAUUCAUAUUGUUACGCGUUUGUGUGUUGAGAGUCACAAAUAAUUAAAUUUACGCGUUACGCAUAUUAAUGAUGAAGAAAAGGAGGAGGAAACAGUGAAAAAAAAAUAAAAUAAAAUAAGUAUGGAAAUAAAAAUAAAGAAAAAAUAUUAAGGAAAAGGAAUAAAAUAGAUGGGUUAUUUAGAAGGAACUCGCAUCUGUGUAUGUCUAUUCUCGCGUGCUUAAUUGAUUCGUAGAUAAAAGAGCGAGAGUGAAAAAUAAAAGAGAGCAAGAAAAAAUAAAUUAACGCGACGAAUGGAAAUCGGUGUAUAACUAUUGGGGUAUGGGGAAUAAAAUGGUAUUUGUAAAAAAAAAAAAAAAAAUAAUGAAAAUAAAAAAAAAAAUAAAAUGAAAACAAAAAAUAAUUUUUAAAAAAUCAGCUUUGUUAACUAUGUUAAAAAUUAACAGAAAAAAAAAUAUUCAAGUAAUUCAGGGAAGUUGUAAGCAAAAUGUUGAGUCGUGACUUUUUGUUUUUUUCUUUGAUUAUAUUUCUUUUAAUUUUUUUCUAUUUCUGUUCCUGUCGUUUUCUCUUUCAAUACUGUUGUUAAUUAAUUAAUUAAUUAUUUGUAUGAUUCCGUUUGUCUUUGAUUUAUUAUUAUUACUAUUAUUAUUAUUAUUAUUAUUAUUAUUAUUAUUAUUAUUAUUAUUAUUAUUAUUAUUAUUGUAAUAAUUAUUAUUAUUCUUCUUCUGUAAAAUAGAACUCAUAAUGAUUAUGUUUAAGACACAGAUUUAAAGAGGAAACGAGAAAGUGAAUGAAUGUAUUUGUUUAUGUAUGAAAUAGGGUGAAUGUAAUUAUACAUUUUUAUUAUUGAAUGAAUUUAAAUAAUAAUAAAUAUAAAUAAAUAAAAAAAUAGUAGAAAUUCUUUUUGCGAAGAUAAAUGAAGGUAAAAUAAAUAAAUAAAAAAUAUUAAAUAAUGUAUGAAUGUGUGAAAUAUGUAUGUAGAAAUCUAUAAUGAUAACAAAGAGAAUCAUGUUAUAUUUUUUUUGUCGUAAUUGUUUAAAUAAUUGACUAAAACUAUCAUUUAUAAAUUUUCUUACAUUUUAUUUUAUUUUAUUAUUUUUUUUUUUUUGUGAAUUAUAUGACAAAAAAAAGUGAAAGACUUUGUGGGCUGUAGAAACUAAAUCUUUGAUACACAAUAAAGUAAUUGUGAGCAUAUAAAUAUGAUAGAGAGAUAAAAAUAUUGAAAAAAUGAUAAAAACAUUUAAAAUGGGCCAAGUGCUAGCUUUUAUUUGCAUAUUUAAUUGUCAUAAUUGUAUACAUAUAGAUGUACAUUUAUUACAUAUAUGUAUAUAAUUACGUGAAAUAUAUAAACACAUACUUAAAUAUAUAUACAUAUAAAUUAUGUACACAAAUACACAUCUGACGAUCUCUAUCUUAUUAGAAAGUUUGGCCAGCAAUCAAGUACGUAGAUUAGUGUUUUAUUUUUAUUUUUUUUUAAAUUCACACAAUAUAUUACUAUUAUUAUUCAUGUUUUGAUUCAAUUUCAUUAAUUUUUUGUCUCAUUUAAUAACAAUUAUUAAUUACCUUUUUUUGUCGUUACAUUCAUAUUUUAAUUUUUCUAAUCAUUGAAUUAUUUACCUGACCCCCUCCGUCUCUUCAUUAUUAUUUAAAUGUUGAGAUAAAUAUUAAUUAAUUUAUCAUUGGGGACAUGUGAUUUAUUAUUUAUUUAAUAAAAAAUAAAAUACUGCGAGUAGUUAACAACAAAAUAAUAUGGUAAUACCGCCCAUAAAUAACGAUCAGUGAAAAAGUAAAUAAUAACACAACACAUACUUUCCCUGAACCUUGGCUUACUCCCCAGCCCCCCAAAGUAUCCUACUAUAUAGACAUCUUGAUACGUGUAGCUCUUAAAUUAUUUACUUUAGUUCGAGUGGAGAUGCCUGUAAGUGUAAUUUACUAAGACUUUUUGUAAAUAAAUUAUGAAAUAAACUAGAUGUACUUUAUCCAGAA